UUACUGCUUAGUAGCCCCUUUCCCUUCUUUCUCUCUCUUCACACUUCACUGUGUCACACUCGCUCUCACUCGCUCUCACUCGCUCUUGACUCAGUAACUACGCCCAUCAAUCUUCCCUCAAAAAAAGGGAAAAAAGACAGUAAAUUUACCCACAAUUAAUUAAUCAUCGCCAUUUGCCACUCUUAACUCUUAAGUACUAUCCAUUGUUUGACUAUUUCUUCUUGUCUUUUCUCUCUUUCUCUCUCUUCAUUUUUUCUUUCUCUGGUCUAAAAAAUGGAAACCCAAGAUCACAGGACACCUAAACAAUCAGGUCAUGAAGGACAUAGUGGUGGAGGAGCUCAUGUAUGUCAUAAAUGUGGAUGGCCAUUUCCAAACCCACAUCCUAGUGCCAAGCAUAGAAGGGCUCAUAAGAAAGUUUGUGGAAACCUUGAAGGGUAUAUGUUGGAUAAUGAUGCACCUGAAAAAGCCCAAUUGAUGGAUGGUGAACAUGUUUCAGAUGAUGAAUGUAAAACCCCAAGUGGUAAGGUUGUUGAGAAUACUAUCGGCAGGAGGAGCAGCAGUGGAGUUGGGAGUAGGUCGAGUAGGUCGAACAGAUCAGAAGAGGAAUUGUUUGCUGAUGCUGUCACAGAUUUUGCUGAUGGUUCGGGUCAUGGAGAGGCCUCGUAUGGUGUUAUACAACGGUUUUAUUCGUUGCAAAGUGUAACUGAGAAUGAUAUCAGUGACACUACGGUUAUUGCUGAAAAUGGCGAUAAUAUAUAUGCAUCCAAGGAUGGUCAGGAUGAGCUUCAAACUGAAGAUGGUGCUCUGUCCCAGAAUUAUAUUUCUAGCUCCUCCACUGGUCCAGCUAUUGCCUCUAUUUCAACCGCAGAAGAAAAAGAGAGCAAGUUUGAGCUGGAAACCAAGCAAUCUUCUAAAACAUCUCAUGCACUGAAUAUUGCUGCUGUUGAAAGGGAAGAUAUUGUUUCAAGUAAGGUGAAGUCCGAUCUAGGGACCUCAUAUAAUGAGACAGCCGAAGUAGUAUCCAAAGAUGUUUCUGCUUUUAAAGCCGGGGAUGAUGAGAUUCAAGGUUCCGUUGCUAUUGGUGAAACUGUAAAGUCUACAGAGAUGUUAGCCGGUAGUUCUGAAGUCAAUGCUGAUUGCUCUGAGGCAGUAGACGUUCCUAGUAAUUUGUCUCCCUUAGAGAAUCCAGUUCAAAUUAUUGAUACUGCUAAUGGAAGUAUAAACAAGUCAAGUGAUGUGAUCGAGGAUGAUAUCUCAAAGGCAGAAACUUACUAUGUCGAUGUUCAAUCUGUUCCGGAAGCUUCACCUAUACAUAAGCAUCCUGAAGCUACAGUGGAAGAUGUGGGCCUUAAUCGACGGGAUAUCGACACACAUAAUGCCCUGGGUGCUGUAACCUAUGCGGCAGAAGAGGUUGGUGGUAAUGAUGUUGCUGAGGUAGGUGACAGUAAGAAAAUUCUUCAGGAAGAUAAUUUCGUUGGAAGUGUUAAAAAUACAGAGAAUGAAUUUAAGCAGGAUCUUGGGCAAAAAUCGGUAGAUGAAUUUGGUACUGUUGGAGGGCCAUGUCAAACCCCCGAUUUUGAAGCUUCUGAUCCGGGUGUCAGCGAAGUCAAGAGUGAAGUAAUUACAGAGUUUGAGACUGAAUGUUUGGAAAGUGAUAAAAUUCGCAGUGCUGAAGAGCAGAAACCUACUAUUUCCUCGGAGAACGUGUCGCCUGAAGUUGAUAGUAGUGCUGCUGAUAGUGUAGUGUAUGCCUCAACGGGAGCUGCCAACACAAACAACGGCGUUGAUGAUGGCACGGAGCAUGUACUACUUAAAGUUCAGGACAGGGAAUUAACAGGGAAAGAUUUGUCCGAAGAGCAGAAAAGCUCUAUUGCGUUGGAGAUUGCAUCGCCUGAACUUAAUAGUGGUGUUGCUGAUAAUGGCACAAACAACGACGUUAAUAAUGUCACAGAGGAUGUACGACUUGAAAUUCAGGACAGGGAACUCACAGGGAAAGAAUUGUCUGGGAGUUCAUCGGUGGCUGAAUGUGCUAUCAAUGACAUUCCACCCCUAAUAAAGGAGCCAAGAAAUGGUGAUGGAAUCUCUGGAGGUGUACAAAUUCAUUCGGAUGAAAAUGAGACGAGUGCUCAUAAGCCACUUGAGCAUGAGAAAACUUCUGACCAUGGUAAGUCAGAAAAGAUGACGGGUUCUGGAGAUUUGAUGGUCGGUGGUUCACUGCCAAUGAUGGAGGCUACUGGUGGCAGCUCAGGAGGAGGAGAAUACGUAAAGUGUUCCAAGGAAGCUUCUGGAGUCGUUGCAGGUGACAUGCUUACCAAGCAACUUAUUACUGGCUCAGCGGUAGAUGUUGUGCCAGAUUCAAGUAGUCAAACCGACAGUCUGGAUGGUAACUGGGGAUCUGUCUCGGUUAUGUCUGCUAUAUCGGACACACCUCCUGCUGCCGACACUCCUGGAUCGAACCAAUCCUGUGCAUCAACUGCAAAAGAAAAUGCGACUUUGGAGCCAAAACCUGUGACGGAGAGUCAACAACCUGAGAAAAAAACAUCGGCUGAACCAUAUGAUGGGAUUAGAAAAACGGAAGGCAUAUCUGAAAUCCAGACGUUGGAGGAGCAGCAACAAACAGGAUCUGCCUUACAGGCUGCUUGGUCUUCAUCAGUUGCUCAUGUGGAAAAUGCGCCUCAUAGAGGAAAGAGAGAUGAGAUCAUCACAAAGGUAACGAACUGGAGCACUGAAAAGCAACAUACUGCUUUGAAAACCCUUUUGGGAGAAGCCACCGCUAGAAGUCGAGCAGAAUCACCCAUUCAUCAUAACCAGAGCUCAACUUCGGAGCCCCAAACUGACGAGACCCCAGCAGCAAAUAAUGGAUUUUCUAAGACAGAAAAUUCUGAUCCUAGCUCUACCAAUCCCCCAGCAGAGAAAUCGGAGGAAAUGGGAAAGGAAUGGAAUUCUCCUGCAAGAUACCCGGUAAACAUCAAGACAGAGAAGAAAAGGAGCAAAAGCAAACUGUACUGGGCGCCGUUUCUUUGCUGUUCAUCUGUUAAUGCUAGGUAGGUUAGGCAUUAUAGAUCAGGGAAGGAGUUGAAAUAGAUUUAAGAGACUAUUCGAGUCCGUUUUUAGAUGAACUUUAUUGGGUUCGUAUAUGCUUACGACCUUGCACAUUUUUAGCGGUUGUGAAAUAUGUCUGUCUAUAUCUUGGAAAUUUUAAGAUCAUUAUUGGUGUCUUAUUUGUUAUGCCACAUACUAUCAGAGUAUCAGUUAAGAUCAUUAUUGCAUAUUGUUGGUUAAAGGAGCAGAGUAUUCAUAAAAGUAUGCAGAUUCCAACAAGUGAGUCUUGUGCCUUUUGCUUUUCUGUUC